AUGGAUCAGGAGCAGGAGCACCAGGUGGCACCCAUCGAGGUGAACGGAGGCGAUGAGCAUCAGGGCGGUAGCAUCGAUAUCGGGGCCGGUUCUGAUGGACCGCCAAGCAUUAUCGGUGUCGGUCCGCCGAGUCCGCUUACCGGGUGCUAUCUGUUGAUUGUCAUCGGUGAGCCACACUCGCAGGACCAUAAGGAUAUCAUUCUCCAACGGCUAAUCAAAGGCUUCCUUUCAUGGGAUGUCGUCGAUUGCCAUGUUGACUUGGAGGAGGAACUGCAUACAAUCACGUUGCAGGCAUUGGAAGGCGAAGAAGGCAAGCAUGGUGAACGAUUGAUUCAGUAUGCCAGCGAAAAUCUGGUUACUGAAAUCUUGAUUCAUCCACAAGUCAACACCUUCAUCCAAUGUAUCCGGAAUUUGCUGAGCAGCUUCACUCGGCACCGUCACAUCAUCCAUACGGGCUACACGUUCUCAGGAAACGGAUCGUGGAUAUUACAGGAUGGAACAUUUUCAGUGAUGGAUUUCAUGGAAGCAUUCCAAGAGCACGAAGUACAGCGCGUACUUCGCGCCUAUCCUGACACGAUCACUAUGGAUGUACACUGUGCUCCCGUAGGACAGUGGCAUACGAUCCAAGAAAAGUCCUUCUCGCGGCUCUGUCAGAUACGCUUGAAUCCGGUGGACGUGCUGAGUUCAGGCAGUGAAAAAUUGACCACUUUUGUCGCUUAUUUAUCGUCGAUGAUUAUACCGACGGAAAUUUCGGAGCUAUUGGAAAGCUCCGACGUUGUUGGCAACAUCCGUUUCAGCCAUCCUACGUUGUACGUCUUCCCAGGAGGGCAGGGAGAUGCUGCACUGUUCGGAAUCAAUGGCUUCAAUAUGUUAGUUGAUGGAGGCUUUAGCCGUAAAUCUUGUUUCUGGGACUUUGUGCGCCAUCUAGACCGUCUGGAUGCGGUACUCAUGACACGCAUCAACAACACCAACAUCAAGGGUAUUGCAUCGGUUGUGGAACGCAAAAGCGAAGCUCACGUCUACCCUCAGAUAGGACACUUUUUCUGCAACAUUCCCGAGCGCAAGGGAUUGCCGAGCCCGGAUGGAGACAAGGACCGGGACCCGCUGUUGGUGGACAUACUGCAAGAAGGUCAUCAAAUCGUAACGAACCUAAAGUCGUUGAACUUGAAGGCACAAAACUGUUACCGCGAUGUGGAACCGAUCAAUCUCUAUCAUAAGGUUGGCCACGGAACGCUCGACAUGUACGUCAUCAGUCCGGCACGAGAUUCGCGCGAGGUCAAGGAUUUCCUAGCUCGAUGGGCUGCCGCUGACCAGCGUCUGUUCACAAAAGAGACGAAAGAUGGCAAAGAUUUCGCUUUUCCGUUGCAAAAUCUCAUCUCGAUCUGUGCUCUGCUGGUGUGGACACCGGCCAAUCCGGAGGAUAACAUUACGCGUAUUCUGUUCCCGGGUUCGGCACCCGAAUACAAGAUAUUGGAGGGUUUGGAAAAGAUGAAGAAUGUCGAUUUCAUGCGACAGCCAGUAUGCCCGGUCAAGUCAAUCACGGCAAACCUGUCAACACCGGUGUUAGUUACGAAGAAGACCCUUAAAUCAGCCUCUACUGAUCGCAUUAUAUCGGAAGCAAUACAUUCGCCCAAGCCGAAGGACAACAAGCUGAUAGACAACAAGAUGCGAAUGAUGGCAACCGAUAAUAAGCUUGCGGCGGAUGGAAUGGACAGCUCUGCGGAUGAGAUCAAAAUGGAAAAACACCUCUCCAAGCCUCCAAGUUCCACAACUGUUGCUUCAGCCAAGGUGGAGAGCAAGCCCAAAGCCAUUCGUUCGGGUAAACCAAUAUCCAUGUCCGAGAAGAAACUCGAUAAUAAAAAGUUGGAACAGCAGCAAGACGAAAAGAAAGAUUCUAUCUCGGACGUUAGCUCUGAUAAGGAAGAUGCGUUGUCAACGGACAAAUCUAAACCAAUGGCAGUGGACAGUGAAAAGAGUCUCGACGAAGCUCCGGAUGUACAGGAUAAAAAAGAAGAAUUCGAUUCAGCGAAACCAGACCUUGAUGCGAAAGAAAAGAAAAAGGAAGAUGCUGCAUCGCCGGCUGGAGCUGAUACCGGCGGUAUCGUAACCAAAGCCACCAGGAAACCUCCUGCAUCACGCACAGUAACAUCAUCCACGACUCGAUCCAAGGUAGACACGGCCAGCAAAACUUCAAAGCCAUCUGCGGACCGAAAACCCGUUGUGAAGAAACAAACCGAAACGAAUAAGUCGUCACCAACUACGCCGAAGAAAACGGGCUCCAUCGAAUCGAAGCUUACCAACGGAAGUGCCACCAAGGCGGAACAAGGCGAAGACAUUAAAAAGAGUGUCGGGAAGACAGCAGCUUCUAAGCCGAGCUCUAUGAUGGGCACUAAACCCGGCAAAUCUAGUCCGAAAGCAACCCCUGCUAAGAGUGCCAAGGAUGAGAACAAUCGCAAAGUUCUCGAGGCGAGGCAGCGACCAACCAUGGCUGCGAAGCGCGAAGCUCGCAAAGAGCUCGAAAAGAAGGACGCUCCAGUAGCGAAACAACCGGAGCGCAAGCCUAUCUCACGUCGUCCGAGAGGUACCGUUACGACAUCUUCCAGUGCAGCGACCGCCGGUGGUAGUCCUGUGAAGGCGAAGAAGGUGUUGAAGUCCGAAAAAGACGCCGUCAUCCGGAAGGCUAAGCUGGACAAAAACGGUACCACCGAUUCAAGUCUCGUUUCGACUCCCAGUGCAGAUGAAGGCGGCGCCCCAGUUCCAAAGCGACCAGUUGGUAUCGCAGCAUCUGAUGUCGUUCCAGGUGACAGUGAUACACUGGAAGCGAUAAAGAAGCAGCAACAGUUGGCCGAACUGAAGGAAGAGCAAGAAGCGGUUCGUGAGAUUGAAGCUGUCUUUAACCGAGAUUCGGCUGCUCAGAAGGUACUCAAGCACCGCGAACUGGCACUUACGGAAGAGCAUCGUGAGGUGCAGGAUAGUGCCACCGAGCCGGAGGAAGAGGAAGAAUAUCUCAUUAUCGAAAAGGAAGAGCAGUACACCGAAGACUCGAUCAAUGAACCGGAAAGCAGUGCCACCAAGGAGGAAGAAAUCCAGAAGCACCAGCGCGAUUCCCAGGAAUCAGAGAAACGGAAGCGCGACAGCUUGGAAGAGGAGAAAGAGGAAAAGGUGGAUGCAGUGAAGGAUGUUGGUCAGGCGGAAGUAGUUGAAGAUCUGGUUGAAAGUGAAAAGGCGGAUGAUGAUCAACCGCAACAAGAGGGAGCAGAGGUCGAAGCAAGCGCUCCGGCGGAAGAAGAAGUGGAUGAACACGACCAGGAACUGCAGGAGAAACUCUCACCCAAGCACAAGCAGGCGCUCGAGGAGGAAGUGCAGGACAUUAUUGCCUCGGCGAAGGAAAUUGCAAAGUCCAAGAUGGAAACUUCGAUGGACGGUUUGAAGACGGAAGAAAUCUCGUCUAUCAGUCCCGACGAAAAGAUGAGCAGCACGAAAAAGACGAGCGAUACGCGCGAUGAGGAGCAGGAUCUUCCGAUCGGUCAUCCGAAGGAUCACAUCGAUCCACCGCAUCACGAGAGCCAUCAUGAGGAGCGUGUGUCAGCAACGGUCGAAUCCGGAGCAACUACGACCGCUCCGACGCUUCCCGAAGACGAACGCAUUCCGCUGGACGAGAUUAAGGAAGAUCUGGUGAUCGAGGAAAAACACGUCAAGGAAGAAACGAAAGAAGUCGAAGUGGCUUCGACUGUGGUAGUUGCUGCUGCUACUUCAGCUACUGCUGCCGCAACAGUUCCGACAGAGCAAUCUACCGGCCCUGCUGCAGCUGCAGAAAUUGCAACUGCAACAGCUGCUCCGCUGCAAACCGUUUAUGAACCGCUUGAACGACCGACUCCGGCCAAGAUGCAGUUCAGUGCCCAACAAGCGCACAUGCGAGACGUGGUGAAGACGCCGGACGAAGUCGCGGAUCUACCCGUGCACGAAGAGGCCGAUCUCGAGGAGGAUUACGGCGAGGAUAAGGAUAAGGACGGUAAGGAGGACGAGGAUAAGGAUCGUGAUACGAAAGAAAAGCCAGAGGAAGAGCCGGUCGUCGCAGUCUCGACGACAACGGUAGCAUCCGCCUUGGCGACGAAAGAGACUGAUGCAAAGCAACUUGAGAAGACUGAUGAUGAAAGGCAUGUAGUGGAUAAGUCAGUUGAAAGUGAUAAACCAUGUGAUACGGCAAACAAGACAACUGAAGUGAAGGAAGUGUUUGACAAGGUUGAAAAAGACACUCGACUGGACAAGCCGCCAAAGUCAGACGCACACGAAACUGAAGAACAGGAUGCUUCGAACAUAAACCUCACGGACGAUGCUAUUUUGAGGGACUUGGAGUCUCAAAUUAUCAUCCCCGUGGAUGACAAGCUCGACAGUGCAGUCAAAGUGCAGCAACAACAUCAGGUCAAACGUGAAAGCAAGACACCAGUUGAGGAAGAUGGUCAGCAUGAUGACGAUUAUGAUGAAGGCAAGAAGGUACCGGUCGAAGAAGAGCUGAUCGUCGCGCAAAAAGUAGUACCGAAAGUUCCACAACCACCACAAACUGUCACUUCAGUGUUGGACGAAAUAUGGCAGCAGCCAUCGACGGUUGAGAAAAAGCUGGACGAGUUGAAACAUCUUAUCGACGAUAAGACGAACGAUACCGUAUCGAACCUUGUAGCUAUCAAGGACACUAUGGUGAAAACUGUGGCGCAACAUAAGGAAGAAAUCAUCGAUAAAGUUACGGAAGAAGUCAAAGAUGCUGAUCGCACGGUCAAGGAAAUGAUGCAGGAUACUGGCAAAGCGGUAGAACAGAUGGCUGCAGAAACGGCUGUAGAAAUGGUGAAAGAUUUGACCGACAAAACUGAUGAUGUGUUGGAUAGUUUGCAAACCAAAACCAAACAAGUGGAGGACGAAUUGCAGGCAACCGCUACCAAACUGGACGCAAAAGUGGAUUCAGUAGUACAGGAAGUUUCAAAAGUUGCUACAAAAGUUGAUGAAACAUUGGCCACAAUUUCAGCCGAAAAGAGCGAACUGGAAAAGCUUGCGAAAGGUCUCAAACAAGAUGUUGUCAGUCAACUGGACAGUGCAAAACAGCAGAUAGAGGAGGACAUUACGAAGGAGGUAGAGAAAGUGCAAGACAAAGCAAAGACGGGCAUCAGUUCGUUCUUCGGCAGUAUUACAGAGGGCAUUAAUAGUGGAAUCGAGAAAAUGGCAGAUAAAGUGGAACACAAAAUCAAGAAUAAAACCGAUGAAGUGGAAGUAAAACUGGCGCAAGUAACGGAAAAGUUCGACAGUCUUCAAAUGGAACGUGAAUCGGUAUCCACCACUGAGCAGGCUCAGGAAGAAUCAGGGCAGGCAUACGAUCGGUUCGGUGGACCUUACGAACGCAGCUUCACGCAGGAGUUGCGUGAAACUCACAUUACGACAGUGGAUUCUCCCGUUACGGAUGGAGACAAACUGAACAUGGAGUUGAAAUCGAUGGUCAACAUUCCACACGAUAUCGACGAAGAUAAAGAGCUCGAGGAGUUGGAGGCCAAUAAAAAUAUGGGUACGUUCGUCAUCGAGGACAUUAAGUACUGUGCUUUUGAAGAUGCUAAUCUACGCGAGAUCAAGGAGGAAGAGGAGGAAGAUCGUGUCUCACCACCACAAGGAGCAUCGGAAAAACUUGGCCCAGUCGUUGGUAUGAUGCCGCCACGCGCUCGUACACCCGAAGACGUAGCCAAAAUAGUGGCCAAUGUGGCGGAAGUGCUGAAGUCGGACAAAGAUCUGGAAGAAAUCAUCCCAGGUUUCGAUCCACAGGAGUUGGAGCGUAAGCUGUCACAAGGUGGCGCUCGUGAAGAGGAUGUAGGCACGGUGCAACGGAUGCUCGUCACGGCCAGCAGUGAGGAUGGUGGAGAAGAAACAGUCAUCUGUGCAGACGGCACCAUCACAUUCUCUAAAUCGGCAACUCCAGAACCAAUACAAGGUUCCGGAACAACUACUCCCGAAAUUAAGGUUCAUGAAGAAAAUGAAGACGAGGAAGACGAGGCUGAAGAGCCAGGACUUGCGAAAGAGGCUUCUGAAGGUAAGCGAACAACAGACGAAAAGGGUAGCCCUGCCUCAUCGGGCAAAUCAUCUCCAGAUCUGAAAACAUCACCCACGUCGAUAGAAGAAAAAGAUAAGCACGAAUUGCCUGAGAAGCUGGUACAUGUUGAAACGACUAAGCCCAAGUCGCAAGAAGACGCUAUUGGUUUGUUGAGUGAUGUUCGCAAGGAAUCUUUGGUAGAUCAUCAUGCAGAUGACCAGAUUGAUGAUACAAGAAGAGAAUCAGCCAUCAGUACGUUCAGUGAGCGAGACUAUACGAAGGAUGAAAGUUCGCUCGUCGAUGAACGUGACUCAUCCCGAGCGCAUUCAAUCUCUAGCCACAUCAGUGAUCUUAAAGAAGACCCCGCAGACCUCAAAUCAGUUGCCGAUUUUUUGAAAGAAACUGACAAAGAUCAAGUGUUUACGGACGCGGAUGACAAGACGAAAGAACUUUCUAGUCCUGAGUCCAUCACAAGCCAAAAGACGGUUUCGGAAAAGGAUGCCCAUAGCUUGGAUGCUCUAAAAGAAAACACAGUAGUGAAAGUAAAUGAAUCUGGUAAGGUAACGGAACCAGAGUCUAUGAUGGAAGUAGAAGCCACUGAGCAUGAAACAGAUUUUACUUUAAAGACAACAGCCAAAAAGGAAGAAUUUUCUCGUCCAGAUUCUCCUGCCAGCGUAGGAGACGCUUCUCAACCAGCAACAGAACUAACACAAGACAAAGAAAAUUCAGAUGAUGAACAACUCAUUCCUACAAUACACAAACUGAAAGAGUCAGCCUCACUGGACCUCGCCGAGGAGCUACAAGACACAAUCGAAUUUUCGCGACCAGAUUCACCAGCCAGUGCUGAGGAUGCAUCACGUCCAGGAUCUGCAGCCGCGAAGACAGAUUCUCGACCUGCCUCUGCCGCCAGUGGGCCUGCAGAUAAGGUUCCAUCGGAGAAGUCCGUUGAUCUCAAGGCUGAGACCAAAGAGGAAUCGAGACCAGCCUCUGCCGCCAGUGGACCUGCAGAUAAGGUUGCAUCAGAGAAAUCCGUUGAUCUGAAGGCUGAGACCAAGGAGGAAUCGAGACCUGCCUCUGCUGCCAGUGGACCUACAGAUAAGGCUCCAUCGGAGAAAUCCGUUGAUCUGAAGGUUGAGACCAAGGAGGAAUCAAGACCUGCUUCCGCCGCCAGUGGACCUCUAGAUAAGGCUCCAUCGGAGAAGUCCGUUGAUCUGCAUGCUGAGACCAAGGAAGAAUCGAGACCUGCCUCUGCUGCCAGUGGUCCUACAGAUAAGGCUCCUUCAGAGAAGUCCGUUGAUUUGAAGGCUGAGACCAAGGAGGAAUCGAGACCUGCUUCAGCUGCCAGUGGACCUACAGAUAAGGCUCCAUCAGAGAAGUCCGUUGAUCUCAAGGCUGAGACCAAGGAAGAAUCGAGACCAGCUUCGGCUGCCAGUGGUCCUGCAGAUAAGGCUCCAUCAGAGAAGUCCGUUGAUUUGAAGGCUGAGACCAAGGAGGAAUCGAGACCUGCCUCUGUUGCCAGUGGACCUCUAGAUAAGGCUCCAUCGGAGAAGUCCGUUGAUUUGAAGGCUGAGACCAAGGAAGAAUCGAGACCUGCCUCUGCUGCCAGUGGACCUGCAGAUAAGGCUCCAUCGGAGAAGUCCGUUGAUCUGGAGGUUGAGACCAAGGAGGAAUCGAGACCUGCCUCUGCCGCCAGUGGACCUGCAGACAAGGCUCCUUCAGAGAGGUCCGUUGAUCUCAAGGCUGAUACCAAGGAGGAAUCGAGACCUGCCUCAGCUGCCAGUGGACCUGCAGAUAAGGCUCCAUCAGAGAAGUCCGUUGAUCUCAAGGUUGAGACCAAGGAAGAAUCUAGGCCAGCUUCAGCUGCCAGUGGUCCUGCAGACAAGGCGCCUUCAGAGAAGUCCGUUGAUCUGAAGGCUGAGACCAAGGAAGAAUCGAGACCUGCCUCUGCUGCCAGUGGACCUGCAGAUAAGGCACCAUCGGAGAAGUCCGUUGAUUUGAAGGUUGAGACCAAGGAGGAAUCGAGACCUGCUUCAGCUGCCAGUGGACCUACAGAUAAGGCUCCUUCGGAGAAGUCCGUUGAUCUCCAGGCUGAGACCAAGGAGGAAUCUAGGCCAGCUUCGGCCGCCAGUGGUCCUGCAGAUAAGGCUCCAUCAGAAAAGUCCGUUGAUCUCAAGGCUGAGACCAAGGAGGAAUCGAGACCUGCUUCAGCUGCCAGCGGUCCUGCAGACAAGGCUCCUUCAGAGAAGUCCGAUGAUCUCAAGGUUGAAACCAAGGAGGAAUCGAGACCAGCUUCUGCCGCCAGUGGUCCUGCAGACAAGACUCCUUCGGAGAAGUCCGUUGAUCUCAAGGCUGAGACCAAGCAGGAAUCGAGACCUGCUUCAGCUGCCAGUGGACCUCUAGAUAAGGCUCCAUCGGAGAAGUCCGUUGAUUUGCAGGCUGAGACCAAAGAGGAAUCGAGACCUGUCUCUGCUGCCAGUGGACCUGCAGAUAAGGCUCCAUCGGAGAAGUCCGUUGAUCUCAAGGCUGAGGCCACCGAGGAAUCUAGGCCAGCUUCUGCCGCCAGUGGUCCUGCAGAUAAGGCUCCAUCAGAAAAGUCCGUUGAUCUCAAGGCUGAGACCAAGGAGGAAUCGAGACCUGCUUCAGCUGCCAGCGGUCCUGCAGACAAGGCUCCUUCAGAGAAGUCCGAUGAUCUCAAGGUUGAAACCAAGGAGGAAUCGAGACCAGCUUCUGCCGCCAGUGGUCCUGCAGACAAGACUCCUUCGGAGAAGUCCGUUGAUCUCAAGGCUGAGACCAAGCAGGAAUCGAGACCUGCUUCAGCUGCCAGUGGACCUCUAGAUAAGGCUCCAUCGGAGAAGUCCGUCGAUUUGCAGGCUGAGACCAAAGAGGAAUCGAGACCUGUCUCUGCUGCCAGUGGACCUGCAGAUAAGGCUCCAUCGGAGAAGUCCGUUGAUCUCCAGGCUGCGACAAAGGAGGAAUCGAGACCUGCUUCGGCUGCCAGUGAACCUGUAGACAAGGCUCCUUCAGAGAAGUCCGUUGAUCUCAAGGCUGAGACCAAGGAGGAAUCGAGACCAGCUUCUGCCGCCAGCGGUCCUGCAGACAAGGCUCCUUCAGAGAAGUCCGAUGAUCUCAAGGCUGAGACCAAGGAGGAAUCGAGACCUGCCUCAGCUGCCAGUGGCCCUGCAGACAAGGCUCCUUCAGAGAAGACCGUUGAUCUCGAGGCUGAGACCAAGGAAGAAUCGAGACCAGCUUCAGCUGCCAGUGGACCUGCAGAUAAGGCUUCAUCGGAAAAGUCCGUUGAUCUCAAGGCUGAGACCAAGGAGGAAUCGAGACCAGCUUCAGCCGCCAGCGGACCUGCAGAUAAGGCUCCUUCAGAGAAGUCCGUUGACCUCAAGGCUGAGACCAAGGAGGAAUCGAGACCUGCCUCUGCUGCCAGUGGACCUCUAGAUAAAGCUCCUUCGGAGAAGUCCGUUGAUCUCAAGGCUGAAAUCAAGGAGGAAUCUAGGCCAGCUUCAGCUGCCAGUGAUCCUGCAGACACGUCGCCUUCAGAGAAGUCCGUUGAUCUCAAAGCUGAUACCAAGGAGGAAUCGAGACCUGUCUCUGCUGCCAGUGGACCUACAGACAAGGCUCCUUCGGAGAAGUCCGUUGAUCUCCAGGCUGAAACCAAGGAGGAAUCUAGGCCAGCUUCGGCUGCCAGUGGACCUGCAGAUAAGGCUCCUUCAGAGAAGUCCGUUGAUCUCAUGGCUGUGACCAAGGAUGAAUCGAGACCAGCUUCGGCUGCCAGUGGUCCUGCAGACAAGGCGCCUUCAGAGAAGUCCGUUGAUCUAAAAGCUGAUACCAAGGAGGAAUCGAGACCUGCUUCGGCCGCCAGUGGACCUGCAGAUAAGCCUCCUUCAGAAAAAUCUGUUGAUCUCAAGGCUGAGACCAAGGAGGAAUCGAGACCUGCCUCCGCUGCCAGUGGACCUACAGAUAAGGCUCCUUCAGAGAAGUCCGUUGAUCUGAAGGCUGAGACCAAGGAGGAAUCGAGACCUGCCUCUGCCGCCAGUGGUCCUGCAGACAAGGCUCCUUCAGAGAAGUCCGUUGAUCUCAAGGCUGAGACCAAGGCGGAAUCUAGGCCAGCUUCGGCUGCCAGUGGACCUGCAGAUAAGGCUCCUUCAGAGAAAUCCGUUGAUCUCAAGGCUGAGACCAAGGAGGAAUCGAGACCAGCUUCGGCUGCCAGUGGUCCUGCAGACAAGGCGCCUUCAGAGAAGUCCGUUGAUCUCAAAGCUGAUACCAAGGAGGAAUCGAGACCUGCUUCAGCCGCCAGUGGAGCUGCAGAUAAGGUUCCAUCAGAGAAAUCCGUUGAUCUCAAGGUUGAGACCAAGGAAGAUUCGAGACCUGCCUCCGCUGCCAGUGGACCUACAGAUAAGGCUGCUUCAGAGAAGUCCGUUGAUCUGAAGGCUGAGACCACGGAGGAAUCGAGACCUGCCUCUGCCGCCAGUGGUCCUGCAGACAAGGCUCCUUCAGAGAGGUCCGUUGAUCUCAAGGCUGAGACCAAGGAGGAAUCUAGGCCAGCUUCAGCUGCCAGUGGACCUGCAGAUAAAGCUCCUUCAGAGAAGUCCGUUGAUCUCAAGGCUGAGACCAAGGAGGAAUCGAGACCAGCUUCUGCCGCCAGUGGACCUACAGAUAAGGCUCCUUCAGAGAAGUCCGUUGAGACCAGGGAAGAAUCUAGGCCAGCUUCGGCUGCCAGUGGACCUACAGAUAAGGCUCCUUCAGAGAAGUCCGUUGAGACCAGGGAAGAAUCUAGGCCAGCUUCGGCUGCCAGUGGACCUGCAGAUAAGGCUCCUUCAGAGAAGUUCGUUGAUCUGAAAGCUGAGACCAAGGAGGAAUCGAGACCAGCUUCUGCCGCCAGUGGCCCUGCAGACAAGGCUCCUUCAGAGAAGUCCGUUGAUCUCAAGGCUGAGACCAAGGAGGCAUCGAGACCUGCUUCAGCUGCCAGUGGACCUGCAGAUAAGCCUCCUUCAGAAAAAUCCGUUGAUCUGAAGGUUGAGACCAAAGAGGAAUCGAGACCAGCUUCUGCCGCCAGUGGUCCUGCAGACAAUACUCCUUUGGAGAAGUCCGUUGAUCUCAAGGCUGAGACCAAGGUGGAAUCGAGACCUGCUUCAGCUGCCAGUGGACCUCUAGAUAAGGCUCCUUCAGAGAAGUUCGUUGAGACCAAGGAGGAAUCUAGGCCAGCUUCGGCUGCCAGUGGACCUGCAGAUAAGGCUCCUUCAGAGAAGUCCAUUGAUUUGAAAGCUGAGACCAAGGAGGAAUCGAGACCUGCCUCUGCUGCCAGUGGACCUACAGAUAAGCCUCCUUCAGAAAAAUCCGUUGAUCUGAAGGUUGAGACCAAAGAAGAAUCGAGACCAGCCUCUGCUGCCAGUGGACAUACUGGCGCUGUAGAAACUUCAAAAGAACCUUCGAGGCCUGAGUCAGUUGCAUCGAACAAAUCUUUGGUAAUGGACACGUCAUCCGUUGCGUCGUUUACAAAAUUUGAAGAAUCGUUAUCACGCAGAGAAUCGUCGACUAGAAAGGAUGAUCGUGAUGGCGCCAUUAGUGAUGGCGAGGAAGAUAAUUUCGAAACAAAAGUCUGUAUGAAAGAAACUCGCUCCAAGUCGAUGUCUGCCGCUGUCACAACUUCCAGUCAGCGUACUGGAUUUGAAGGUAGUACUUUGGGAGUACUGGAAGAAUCGAUCGUCGCUUCUCGAGAUGAUUUGGAUAUGCUGCGUAGUCCCCGUGACAGUGUAACCAAACUAGAUCCACCGUUCAUUCCUAAACAAGCGGAAAACACAGUGUGCAAGUCCUUCAAGCCAUUGUUUGGAGAUGAUCCUCAAUUCCCCGGGGAAAAAAAUGAUGUACACAAGCAAGAAACAGCUAGUAUGUUCCCGAAGUGUGGUUUAGAUAGUACCGAAAGCCCCGAACACGGUGCAUCGUUUGCCAAAGGCAUGGAUCAGCUGCUGAAAGAUACAGUCACCUCAAUGAAGGAAAUCGAAAAGAUGACUUCCACAGUCAUUUCCUCCGCAAUAAAAGAGGAAUCGGUAGUUGAAAGCAAAGCAUCAGUAACAACAAUUCCGGGAGCAUUCCCUAUGUCAGGUGACAGUGGCAAAUCAUCUCCGUAUCUUGGUGAAAAAUCACAAGAAUCCAGCGCUAAAUCAGUGAGUCCCCUGCAAGACAAAGAUUCACUUGAAGAGAGCACCGUGUCGCUGAACACAUUCAUCGAAAAGGAUAGCUUGUCGGAAAAGGCAACGAGCCAGCAACAGCAAAUCUCUAUUCGCAUGAGUGCGGCUGGCGAGUCUUCGGUUGAAAGUAGUUCGGUUACAGCUGAGAAGGUGACAGAAGAACUACUUUUUGCCGGCAGCAAAACACCACCAACUGCCCCAAUCAGCCCGAAUGUUGCCGCAAAGGAAAGCAUGAGUAUGACCCAAGCUCAUUACGAAUCUUCAGCGACGUCUGCUACGUCCGCGACAACAACGGCAACUUUGGCGACUACUACUGUGCCGCCAACCAUCGCGAGCGCGCCAAAGGACGAUGCAUCUGGUAUUUCAACACCUAAAGAGUCUGUACCAUCUGGCAAGUCGAGCCCGGGGCUGAUGUCCGUGCACACGCAAGGUAGUACGGACAGUGCUUCCAAAUCGAUCAACUUGGGCCACAGCAGUUCAGGUAUUGAGACAUCAGAUUCAUCGCCAAAGCCAACAUCGCCCUUUCCGAAGGUGGUCGUCGACACGCUGAAACUGGCGGACGAAGCCAAGACCACCUCCGGCAUGAGCACACCGGACAUGACGCGUUCCUCCACGCCAGACAUGGUUGACUCACAGAUUGAACGUAUCGCCACAACUACGGCUAGCACAGACAAGAGUGAUUCUCAGACAACUGUCACGAAUACUACGACAACGACAAAGACCACAACGUACAUCAUCAAGGAUGGGCAAAAGAUUGAAGUGGACAGCAAUGUGCAAAGUGACACUGUAAGCAAAACCGAAACACAACAACCGGGAGCAUCGACAACCACUCCUGCCGGAGUGACGUCCACAACCACAACAACGUACAUCAUCAAGGAUGGCCAAAAGGUCGAAGUGGACGGAGUAACUUCCGAAGCAGUCGCACCUGCGAAAGGAUCAGCACCGACCCAACUUACACUAGCUGGAACCGAAGAGCGAAGUUUCGCCGAAGACUAUGAUGAAAAAGAUGUUCUAUCACCACGAUCAGAUAUAUCUUCCGGGCAGGCUUCUCGCAUUGUGGCCGGAUGGCAUGAUGAGGAUGUUCCUGGUUCACCCAUGAGCGUGACCUCACAAGCUCCGCUGUCUCCCAGCACUAAGUAUACCUACGAUUAUGACCUGCAACAUUCCAGCUCGGGCGUGAGCAAAAAGUCCGACAUCGAAAUCGACCAGGAUAGCCAGGAUGACAUCGUCCCGCCACAAUAUGGCAGCGAGGAAGCAAAAUCGGCCAUCCCUAUCACGUCCAGCUACAAACCCGAUCCGAUGAGCACCUCAUUCUACGGCCAAUUACCAGAAGUUCCGUCAACCGUGACGAUGACUUCGAGCACCACUCGUUCCAUUCCGAUUCCAAUCUCAGGCUCAACAAAGGGCUUCGCUAAACCGUACGUCGAAUAUGCAUCCAGCGGUGACAGCAGUGUCGAUUCCAGCCACAAACCCUCAUUGGCCGGUGAUCGUAAAUACCUGGACGAGGCAGAUCUGGAUUUUGAAAAAGCAUUCAGCAGCGCGAGCCACAAGAAGAUGGAUGAUUUGAUGACCACAUCGAUGCACUUUUCGAGCGAAAAAGAAUUCAUGGCUGCAACCACCACGGCCGCUGGUAUCGCGCAAGCGCAAAAGAUGGAAAUGGACUUCACUUCCACAGGACUGCCGUCGUCCGUGACAACGACUCUAACGGGAGCUCAGCCGAGUGCAACUGCCGCUCAGUCUCAACCGUCACCGGUAACGCAACCCCAAGCGCAAUCACAAUCAACUCUACCACAAUCAACCCAGCCAACUGUACAGUCGUCACAGUCGAGCACGACAACAACGGAAGCAAAGAGCGUGCUCGAUUCAUGGGGUAAACCGUUGGGACUUCCUUCGCCGGCACCAAUGACAGCCGAUGACAACAAAACGACGCCCAAAAAGGAACGCCGCAUGCUGAUGAGCAAAACGAAGCUGAACAACGAGAAGAAUCUGCGCAAGCGAGCGGAGUCGCCGACGAAAGCGAAAAAGUCCGCCAGUCCCGUCUAUGUCGACCUGUCAUACGUGCCACAUCACGGCAACUCGUACUACGCGAAUGUGGAGUUUUUCAAGCGAGUUCGAGCCCGAUACUACGUAUUCUCCGGUACCGAACCGAGCCGGGAGGUGUACAAUGCCCUACUGGAAGCCAAACAAACCUGGGAAGAUAAAGAAUUAGAGGUAACUAUCAUUCCAACGUACGAUACCGACGUACUUGGCUACUGGGUUUCGGAGAACGAGGAGCUGCUCGCCAAAUACCACAUCGAUCUCUCUCCAAGCGCUGCACGGUGUACAAUCAAUCUGCAGGAUCAUGAAACGUCCUGCUCCGCGUAUCGGCUCGAGUUCUAGACCUAGGGAAUGAUGAUAGCAUUUAUCGGUCACAUUAAGGACGCGGAUGUGGACGCCCCAUGAAGUGCGCUAGCAGUAGUAGCAGUAGUCCCAUUUCAUCCGUAAUAGUUUCUAAAUGGAUGUUCCAACUCCAGGCGCGCAAUCCAAGCGCGAUUGCGAGAAGCGGGUCAGAGUGAGUAGACAUACCUGACAUUAUGUUGUUUGUACCACACAAAGCGCUAUUAGUUGAACGAGUCCACUCCUUCAAUAGAUAGUUGUACGUAUCUAGUCCUAUAGUGAGUGUGCAUCCUGGAAAUGCAGCAAAUGUUAAGUUAAAUUAGACAUUUUUCCUCAAAUUUCAGUGGUAUUACUGGAUAUUGAAAGAUAAUAAGAUUCGAAUGGAGAGUACGAGUUCCUUCAAAAGGAACGCGGUUGGCAAAACGCAGAGCAGGGAACUAACAUAAUUUAAACGAAGAGCUUACUUUGUAGAGCAGACCCAUGACGCAGGCCGCACACAGUCACGUAUUUGUUGAGCUUCCGCUAGAAGACUCUAAGUUUAGGCAAGCAUCCAUAGAGUGCUGACAUAGAUGUGGCGAAUGGCAGUUUACCUGAUUUUGGAGUAUCUCCCAUUAGAAGCGGCUUUCGCUCUCUCAUCUAUCGUUCCAACGCCGAGAGGCAAUACUUUCUUCCUUAAUAGUCUAGGCGCAGGCGCAGGUACUACCGCGCGAAUCGAGAUACAGUGAAAGGGUGCCGCCGCAGCCCUGUAGCUAGUUGUGAUACUGUUUAUUCGUUCAUUGAACAAACCCAACACCCAUAUGCUAAGUUGAAGUGUGUCAUACACUGAACC